CACCCGGGGUGCAGAGCACAUACUCAUAACACAGCUGUUACAAUUGGAUUUAUUUUAUUUUCCAGAAGUUGCGUGGGAACUUAAUUGAAGUGUGUCAGGGAAGUUAGGGGUCAGAUGAGUGUAUCGCCAGAGCUGCGGGGAGUCAGCGUUGCACUCGAGGACACUGAGGCAGAGCCUCGUAAAGAAUGUUUUGUCUGAUUAUCGUCCUCCAUCAACAACAACGAGUUGGAAAAAUAAGUGGAUUUCCUGUUUUUUCAAAGGGCGAGCCACGAGAGUUCUCUUCAAUUAGAUGAACUUCUAAACACAUGGAAGUAAGAGGAACAUCUUGGGGUAUUUUAAUGUUCUUCUUUCAUUGUUUUUUUUUUUAAGCACAACUACGUGACCACCGCAAAAUGAGAAGCAUAUAUCAAUCCAGAAUGAAAUGACAAAAGAAAACAAAGUAAGGACGCCUAUUGCUCAAAUGAUUCAAAUAGCCACUCCAGAUAUGUUUAAAGACAGAUCAAAUUUCGCUUUGAAUAACAAUGUAUGGCUUGUACUACUUAAAAAAAAGAAAUUAGCAAUUUUUAUUUUAAAAAAAGGGCAUAGAAUUGAGGAAUCAAAAAAAAGAUUCAUCAGGGGGAAAAAAAAGGUACUGGGAGAGUAUAAGUAGUAGAGUAUAAAAUAUAUGAGUAUAAGUGGAUAGCAUAAGAUAACUACAUUUAGGAACUCAUUGCAGUCUACCUCAUUCUUUAAAACCAAUAAUACUUUUACUGUGGAGAGUUCCUCAACCGACAGUACACUGCCCAUCUCCUGCUGAGAGGGUGGGUGUGACGGUACAGUGUCAAAUUACACUUCACAUCAAAGACCUGCUCUACAGGCCCCCCCCCCCCUCCUGCACCUUCAUUGGUUGAAGCCUCAACCGCUUCGUGCAACCAGCCCUGUUUGUUUCCAGCAGGCUGAUACUUGUUCAAGGAGGAAAUGACAUCACAGCACCAAGACCUAGCCACAAAAAAAACAAACAAAAAACACACUGGAAAACAGAUGAGGACAAAAUGUCUUUCAGAUGUCUUUUGACUUCGGCUGUGUUGCGACAACCGACGAGGCCAAACCCCCCCCCCCGGCCCCCCCGCUGGGGAUCAGCUCUCGGGUGGCACGGCGAAGAAUGUCGGCCGGACAGAAGGACGCUUCGCGAGGCACAACUUGUCAGAGUGGAGCUGCAGUUCUGUUCUCCAACCCUCUGAUGAGCGAUCUUGAAUCAGACUGGUCCCCGCUCCACGAGGCUGCCUUUAAUGGACGAGUCCUCGCUCUGCAGAGACUCAUCGCUCAGGGUGCGUGUGUUAACGUGAACACUCUGGACCAGGUCUCUCCCCUCCAUGCAGCGUGUUUACAGGGCCACGUGGCCUGCGCCAAGCUGCUGAUGGAAAACUCGGCAAAUGUCAACAGUUCAACAGUCGAUGGACAAACUCCCCUGUCGGGGGCUUGUGCCCGUGGUCAUGUGACCUGCGUAUCGCUGCUCCUUCAUCAUGGGGCGACUCCCCUGGGGAGCACCCGAGCCGGCUCUCCAAUCCACAGGGCUGCAGCCAAAGGUCACGCCGAGUGCAUCCAGCCGCUGGUUGAGCGCGGCGCGGACGUGGAUCAGCACAUCGCCCAAUGCGGCUCCCCUCUCGGCGUCGCCUGCGCCAACGAGCGCCUGGGCUCCGUGAGGAAACUGCUUCGGCUCGGGGCCAGCGUGAACAGCGCCGCGUCCGGGGACUCGCCGCUGCACAUCGCCGCCGGCCUGUCCAACCCGGAGCUGGUGUCGGUGCUGCUGGACCACGGGGCCGAUGGCGGCCUCAGGAACUCGGAGGGCAAACAGCCGGCGGACCUCGCGCCCCCGAACAGCCGGGCAGAGAGGCUGUUGAGACAAGCGGGAGGAGCGUCUCCUCUGAUGCAGCUGUGUCGGCUGCACAUCAGGAGGACUGUGGGCAAGCAGAGACUGGGCGGGAUCCAAGACCUCCCCCUUCCCACAGAAGUGAAACGGUUCCUUCUCUACCAAUCCGACCCGGGGGGGGGCGGGGGGGGGAGGAACCAGUGCACUGAGUAACGUCAGGACGUCGUGGGCGGAUUCUGAGCUGUAACUUCUGGGUCAGCAGGGGGUGCAGUUGCAUUAGUUUGCAGCGAGGAGGCUCCUCUGCUUGACAUUUCAAACUAACAAACCGAUUCCCUGGAUCGACAGAGUGUCUGAAAAUGUCGUUAGAGAUGAAAACAUCAACGGGGACAUUAGGUUACUAUGAAAUAACAUCAUCAUACUGGAAUCAUCACACUGAAAUAAUGAAAACAAGGCACAUUUCUUGGAAGAUUUUAAAGUAAAGAUCUUCUGAUUUUAUCCGUUAAAUGGAGCUGGGCGGCUGCUAAGAGAACUGCUAAUGACUUCAGCACAUUAAAUCUGAGUAGAUAUCAUGCAACUGAGUCCUUUUGCAGUCCUCAAACCCCCCGUCUCUGUCCUUUGCUUCUUCCCUCAUGUUUUUAAUUUCAUUUUAAAUCUCUUUUCUCCUUGCUUUUAAAAAUGUGUUUAAAUUAUGAAUCAGGAAUAGCAGCAUCAGUAAAGAAUGAUAAAACAUUGUUAUUAUCUAGUUGGGCUUAUGUUCUGGUGUGUAUUUAGGUCACUACUUCUUUCCCUUGCCCACAUCUAGUAAUGCAGAUACCGUAUGUUGGGUGACCUUGUUUAUCUAUGAAAUGCAAAGUAGACCCAUCUGCACAUCUUAAUUCUCUUCUAAAGCUUUAAGUCCACAAACAAGUAGCAUGAACACUGGGAGCAGGGCAUCGUUGGCCCCUCGGCGCCUGUCAGCGGAUGAGCAGGCUGACCGAGCUCCGCACGGAGGGAGAACAGCGAAUACUUGGGCCCAAUAAGGCUCGCUCUUAUUGCAUUACGGACCGUGCCCUCGUUUCGUGAUGCCGCACAAUUAUGCGAGCCGAGCCAGUGUGUGAGCACGGACAUCGAUUUGAAUGGUUCAUUAAGGGAGACGAUGAUGAUGAAAAAAAGAAAAAAAAAAAGAAAAGGGGGCCGCGCGAGCUCACCGGGAACAUCAACAUCCUCUCCAUGGCGACAGCCAGCGCUGCAGCUGCGCCCACGCCCUCCUCGUUUAAUGCAGCGCUCACCGACUUUCCAUCAAGGCCUCGUGUCCCAAUUUGCCACUUGAACUUAAUUAUCUCCACCCCCCCUUUCCCUCCCCCUUUCCAACCCCACCCCCACCCCUCAGUCUCCCUCCAAUGGCUGCGCGGGGGCCAGGUUUCGAUUGAGCUGGCGUUUUAAUGUUGAAUCAAUACGGUGGAGGAGCUCCGGACUUCUGAAGCCGCUGGGAGAGGCGUACAGUAUCCGCUGGAAGUAAUUACUGAGGAGGGGGGGGGGGGGGGCAGCAAUCAGGUGGGACGAGACCGUCUGGUAAUCAGUGUCACAUAAGCGUUCGAAUCCAUUUCCCACUUGAGUCACUGCGGCGCCGCCCACAGUGGGGCUUUGUUGGGCUGUGUGCACUGAAUGGGUUCAGUCAGGUACUCAGGUGCACUCUGAAGGGCUCACCUAUGAGCCAAAGCUUUUACUUUAACUCUCUGGAGGCGGGCGAGCCAUUAACCCCACCAUACCCCCUUUUUUUUUUAGUUUUUUUUGGUUGUUGGUGCGUGUACCCAAAUAGCGCAUUUCUUGGUCGGAGCUUAGGUGAAACACAAGAUACAAAGUUUGAACAUCCGGCACUCUUUAAACCAAUUCGCUCCAACGAACCACCACUAACGGAGGUUUUAUUAAAAACAAAAAACGAAA